GCCAAUGCCCGGCCCGCGGCGCACGGGGCUCGCUCAUGAGGCCUCUGCCGAGCCGGAGCAGGAAGAGCCGCGGCCUCUCGCUGGGAGUCUUCGCCCUCUGCCUGGCCGCAGCCCGCUGUCUGCAGAGUCAGGGCGUGUCCCUGUUCAUUCCCCAGUCGGCCAUCAACGCCACGGUGGAAGAGGACAUCCUGCUCUCGGUUGAAUACUCCUGCCACGGCAUCCCCACCAUCGAAUGGAAGUACACGUCCAACUGGGGAGUGCAGAAGAUAGUGGAGUGGAAGCCAGGGACUCAGGCCAACAUCUCCCAAAGCCACAAGGACAGGGUCUGCACCUUCGACAACGGCUCCAUCCAGCUCUUCAGUGUGGGCGUGAGGGAUUCCGGCUACUAUGUCAUCACGGUGACCGAGAGCCUGGGGAGCAGUCAGUUUGGCACCAUCGUGCUGCACGUGUCGGAGAUCCUCUAUGAAGACCUCCACUUUGUCGCUGUCUUCCUUGCUUUUCUCGCUGCCGUGGCCGCAGUGUUAAUCAGCCUCAUGUGGGUUUGUAAUAAGUGUGCGUAUAAAUUCCAGAGGAAGAGAAGACACAAGCUCAAAGAGAGCACCACUGAGGAGAUUGAGCUGCAAGAUGUGGAGUGUUAGCCGAGGCCGAGCCCCGUCACAUUCCUACCUCAAGAGGAAAACGUUCUUUUCCAACGAAAGGAGCAAACAUGGCCAGGCCACCCCAUGGCCUCCUGUUCCGCCACAGCCGCCCAUUCCUGAUGGGACCACUGGACAUUUACAGGGUUGAUUGCGUGGGGCUGAGGACUCUGGAUUGGAUACAGUCAGCUCUGGCACCUGCACGGAGUUCAGGGAGGAGAGCACUGGAGGCUGUGAGCUGAACUUGGCUGCGGCCUUGGGGCCAUGUUGACUUGUAACCAGGGGCCCAGGGAGGGCCCUGGCUGUGGCCUUGCUCCACUCUGCUUUGGCUAGGGCAUGGCCGUUGGAGGGAUUCUUGGAUCCAGAGUCAGAGUAUUUCCAGAUCAAGUGCACAGCCAGCUUCGGAACAAGCUCUCUGUGCCCCGAUCUCCUCCGCUGUACCCUCCUCCUGGGAGUUGCGUGAGAGCCUGAGAGGCAGAGGCAGAAGGAAAGAGACUACUGUUUUGUAACGAGCUGCUCAGAGCAGGAGAGGUCCCCGCCAUGUCCUGGAGCUUUAGGGAGGGACCAGCACUGGAAACAAGGAAUAAGCAGAAAAUUAUCUUUCCCUCUCUUGCUCCAACAUUAAUUGCAUUUUCCCUUCUAUGGCCCUGACUGAGGCCGGCGUGAGGAAAAUAGUCCAUCUCCACCAUGGGCCAUGUCUGGCCUCCUGCUGGCCCCCUGACAGGCUGGGUCGCGCUACCUGUGUGGAGGCUGGGCCUGCAGACUGGGUCGUGCAACCGGAAAGCCAGUCAGCGCAGGCUUCGAAUCUGUCCCCUCAGUCACUCACACCUCCUGCCUCCAGUCAGGGCCUGGCUCGCUCCCAGCUGGGUAAGGAGCACUACCUCUCAGUCAGGGUAUCAAGUGAAGCCCGCAGUGGCGUAAGUCGAUUGAAGGAAAGCAUAAGGAAUCUUCAAGAGCCUCGGAAGCAAUAAGCACUAUACUAUCCGAGUCCUGGAAAAUGGUGAAAUGCCCGGGGCGUACUGGGGCUCCAGGUGAACCUGGGGACUGGAUCCCAGCCGGCCGUGGUCCGUAGUCUCUCAAGCUAUCGGCUGCCGUGUUUACAUGAGUUCAUCCCAAGCUCUAAGGCAGGCGUGAAUUUAUUUUCCAUUCUCUCCUCUCUCUCCAACAUUCUUAGCUGCAAGCCAAAGGUACCGCCCCGAUUGUUGGUGGAGGCUGAGCUUAGAAGCUGUGUCCCCAGCCCUCAGCUGCAAAUUCACCCAUGCAAGCAUGAAGGAGAGCUAGAACAUUGUCUUCUCGCUCACUUCAAGUCUCCAGUGUCUGUGUCUUUUCUGCUUCUCGUGUGGCAGGUAAGAAGUUGCCUGGAGAAGCUGGCCUGAGGCCUUUCCUUAAAUAAUGAACCCAGGGUUACAGGAAGGGAUCUUUUAGAAGAACUCGGAUGGGAGCUGUCCGGGACCUAGAGCAGAGCUCCAGCAGCACUACCAGACUUCAAAGGCAAGAGAGCAGUUAUCUGCACAGCUGAUUUGUAGCCCAAGCACGUGACCAGGAGAAGCGGUUCACCCCAGGCCACCUCUUGGACACACGUGUAUGAACACGCACACCUGUGCCCUCUCCAUGGCAGCAGUCAGAGGAACCAGGCAUGCGCCAGGAAGGAUGGGUGACCAGUGCCAUGAAGAAGCAGGGUGAGGAGCGCCAGAGAGUAAAGGGGAUCAAGGAUAAUCUGAUGAUUUCUUCCUCCUCUUUCAUGCAGAAAGCCCAGUGGCAGGAAGCUGGUUUGAUGUGGGUAGCUGUUGCAGUCUGUCCUCUUGACGCUGCCCGCUUUCCAGAACUAUCCCUCUCAGCUUCUCAGAAGUCAGGGGUGGUCACUGUAAUAAAAAGAGAAAUAGAAAAAGAAUACCUAGUGAGAAAGCCCCCCUCCCCACAAACCCACAUGUAAAUUAAAUUCCACCCCCAAGUCUUCCUGAAAGGUUAUUCCCUCAGCUUUCCAUUCCUUUAUUUUGCACUUUUAAAGCUCCCCCCAUUUUGAAUAUUCCUGGGGAGAGUUCUUGAUUCUUGAGCCUGAGGUUUUUGUCUAUUUUUCAAAAAAGAAAAUAUUAAAUCAGAGGUUUAGCCACUGUAAAUGUUCAACUCUUAAGUUAUGUUUCAAACUGUGAAAAGAAAAAUUGUUUUAAAGGCUGAAAUAAAACCUGAAAAUAAAGCCCUGGUCCUUUUUGUGUGAGCCCAUCCCUGCGGGGAACUCAGAGGCCCUGGGAGAGGUUUCCAUCAGCUUGUGACUGACAAACAUUGCCAGCCACAUCAGUAAACAAAGAACCUGCAGCCAUCAAGUCAUCAGCCAACCACUGCCGCCCCCAACGGUGAGCUGGAGGGAACUCUGGAUGGAGACCAGCAGGCUGGGGCUGCCAAGUCCUCAGCCUCUGCAGCCGCCCGUAACAGUGCCCCCUGGGAGACUCAGGAUGGGAAAGAACAGGAUACUGGCCCUAGAGAGCUAAAGUACACAUCAAAGGAAUGAUUUCAGUGAGCCCAGACUUUUGCACUUUCCUAUACGUAGAAAAGCACUAAGUUCCUUAACUUGAGAUACGGGGUUUUCUUUAACAGUCAUCUUCUGAUGUUCCGACUACCUGGUCUUUGUUGCAAAAACUCUUAUAUCCUGGCUCCUCCCCUACCUCUUUGGAACAAUCUCAGAAAGAUCUGAGAGGCUGCCUCCUGGGCUUGAGGUCCUCAGAAUGUCUGCUGAAUAAAAGGUAACUCUUAACUUGUAGGUUGUGCUUUUACUUUUCUUUUUUUCUUUUUUCUUUUUUUUCCAGCUGACAAGCUGUAGACAAAACCCUCAGCCACAGCCAGGGGCCUGGCAGAUUUUUUAAAACGACAAUGGACUUCAUCACCUUGAUUCUAACCAUAAACAUUCUUUAGCAAUUCUGAAAAACAACACGUUAUUAGCACCAUUAUUCUCCCCUGGAUUGUAACCAGAAGACUGAAGUUUUUUGCUUCUAGAGUAUUAACUGUGGUUCAGUACAUUCCUUCCUGCUUCUCAAAAGGGCUAAAAUGAGGAUAUGGUAGUUGUACCACAUCGUUCAGUGGUACAUAAGAUGCCAGACGGAACUUAUGUGCUUUGUCAACAGAAUGUCCUCUCAGAUUGUGAUCUAAGAAACCGAAAAGGGACAUAUUGUUCUUCCUUAUCUGAUGGUGUUCUGGAUACUCAAGGAAACAGGGAAGCCUUGUCCUCUGAAGCCCAUGUGAGAUGCUAAAUACCCACAGGACUUCAUGCUCCAUCUGCCUUGAAAUCCUACCACACAAAGAUGAGGAGCAAAGGCAGUGAGAGAGAAGGUUAUCAGGAUAUCUUGUUCCUUCAGGGGUGCAGGGACACGCCCUGAGGAUCACUAUAACAAGGGCAGAGAAGAGGCGGCAGGACAGAAUGCUGGGAGAUGGAACCAAGGGGAGCCAAAUACGAUGGGGGGAUCCCCAGGGUCCAGAUACAAAUGCAGCCUCCUUGACCACACUGGAGGGGAGGCUGGGGGAAAGGAAACCCUUCCUCUGUAAUCAGGCUUUAUAUAUCCAGCACAUUUCUUCUGCUCAGUUUCCGGGGAAGCCUGAGAUGCCUCUAGUUUUAUUAAAAGCAGAGCAAGUCCCUGCGGCUUUUGAUGACAGUCUGUUAACCCCAAAAGGGAAAGGGAAAAGAUCCCAGUUCUUGUCAUAUUCGAAAGAUAAGAUUACAGAUGGGAGGCGGUGUGUUGUGCAGCAGCAGAUUUUAAGGAUUUAUUUAGGAAGGGAAAAGCACACCCCCAAGAACGGGAGGAAAGGCAGCGGUCUCUGCCCCUUCUCUUAUACCCUCCCUCAGAGGUGGCCUUUUGAUUGAUGGACGGCUCUUGCCCCUCGAAUGCUUAGUCGUGUUUGUCCCGUUUGCAUAUACCCUUACCUGUCGUGUACAUGGAAAAACCCAUGGCGCAGCCUAAACCGCAAUGUUAAUUAUAUUACAAUGAGCAUUGGGUCAUGUCCGGUUAGGUCCUUCUCGCUACCACACAGCUGUGGCUGUCGGGUUCUAACCGAUUUCUUACUGGCACUCAUUUAGAAGUUACAGUCCCUUUAGGCUGAAGGCAGGCAUAACCAUCUCCUGGACCAUCCUCCCUCUCCCCCACCGAUCUGCCCGGUGCCCCCACUUAUCUACCUACCUAAUACGUCCACAGCUAGCUUCUGCUGAGGCGUGGUGUGUGUCUCCAAUAUGUGCACCUCUAUACACAUCCGUCCCCAUCCCUACUGUCAGCUUUUCUAAUCCUUGACAGCAUGGUUGUUGAGAUCACCAUUUCCACUGCCUGUUAAAAAUUAGGUGGGCGUUUCGUUUAAUUACAAAGAUGAUAAAUCCUUCUUUAAAAUUAAAAUAUUGACGUCUAUAUUAAAAUGAAAAGUUCACCCUGCAAUCCUGCUCAAUAGUUAACUUUGCUGUUAUCCUUCUAGACUUGCUCAUGCAUAUGUGAACAUACCAGUCUAUGUAUACGUACCACAAUAAACGUAUUUAAUCUGUUUUCUUCUUAGGCAAAUGGGAUUCUGUUAUACAUUUUACCCUGAAACUUGCCUGUUCACCCUUAUUGUUCCUUGGGCAUGAUUUCAUGUUUCUACUUAUCCUUAAACAUUGCCUGCACAAUGCAAUUCAUUGCAUGGAUACAUUAUAAUUGUUUGUUCACUGAAAACUUUAAUUUCAAAUGAUAUUUACAAAAAAUAAAUAAUCUUGGGUAAUCAA